CUUCCCGGCAUGCCCCGCUCGCAGAGCCGCCCGGACGCCCGGACUUUGCCUUCGGCGGGGGGCCGGGGGUGCGCGCUGGAGCCGCAGCCGGAGGUGGCUGCAGGUGAUCCAGCUGCUGAUCUGUCCCUGUCUGCAGGUCGCUGCGGGGGACCCAGGAUCAGGCUCAGUCUCUGCAGCCCCGCUGUCUGCUGUGCCUUUCCCUGCUUGCUUCCAAGCUUUAACCGUGUGCAGGGAAUGUGACCGGGAUUGAGCGUGUCCCCGGAAGCAUGGAGACCGUGGUGAUUGUGGCCAUCGGGGUGCUGGCCACCAUCUUUCUGGCCUCCUUCGCGGCCUUGGUGGUGGUGUGCCGACAGCGCUACUGCCGGCCUCGGGACCUGCUACAGCGCUAUGAUUCCAAGCCCAUUGUGGACCUCAUUGGUGCCAUGGAGACCCAGUCUGAGCCCUCGGAGUUGGAACUGGACGAUGUGGUCAUCACCAACCCCCACAUCGAGGCCAUUCUGGAGAACGAGGAUUGGAUUGAAGACGCUUCGGGUCUCAUGUCCCACUGCAUUGCCAUCUUGAAGAUCUGUCACACGCUGACGGAGAAACUUGUGGCCAUGACGAUGGGCUCGGGGGCCAAGAUGAAGACAUCCGCCAGCGUGGGUGACAUCAUUGUGGUGGCCAAGAGGAUCAGCCCGAGAGUGGAUGAUGUGGUCAAGUCCAUGUACCCGCCGCUGGACCCCAAACUCCUGGAUGCACGGACCACGGCCCUGCUGCUGUCUGUGAGUCACUUGGUGCUGGUGACCCGGAAUGCCUGCCACCUGACGGGGGGCCUGGAUUGGAUAGACCAGUCCCUGUCUGCAGCCGAGGAGCACUUGCAAGUCCUGCGGGAGGCGGCCCUGGCCUCGGAGCCAGAGAAAGGCCUCCUGGGCCCUGAAGGCUUCCUGCAGGAGCAGUCGGCCAUUUAGGGCUCGGCUGCCCACAGCGCCCCUAAACUCCAUCCUUCCCCCUGGCUAGUGAGUCCCACGGCCAGUGAGCAGCGGCUGGAGGGGCUGCUGCGGGACCUCUCAGUUGCAGUUGCGAAUGGUGGCCACUGAGGGCGACCUAACACCACAGUUAGGGGGGCUGACACUGCACAGUUUGGGAACCGGUGGCACGCCUGGGGCAGUGCCCCUCUAGGAGCCAGUUUCACCCUAAUAGCAGAAUUUCUUUCAUUUAAAAAAAAUUUAUGGGGAGGGGGCGGCAUUGGGCCAGACCAUACCGCACUCAGGGGAUCUUCCUGGCUCUGUGCCCAGGAGUGACCUCUGAGGCUGCUCAGGGGAACUGGAGACGGUGCAGAUUUGAACUGGGGUCAGCCGAGUACAAGGCAAGUGACUUCACCUCUGGACUGCCUCUUGGGCCCCCAAAUCAGAACUUCUGGUUUCUUUUUUUCUUUUUUUUGCUUUUUGUGUCACACCCAGUGAUGCUCAGGGGUUACUCCUGGCUCUGCACUCAGGAAUUACUCCUGGCAGUGCUCAGGCGACCAUGUGGGAUGCUGGGAAUUGAUUCUGGGUCAGCCGCGUGCAAGGCAAACACCCUCCCCACUGUGCUAUCGCUCCAUCCCCAUAGAACUUAUGUUUUCUUAUGGCAAUUCGAGUAACGCUGCCUUUUUUUUUUUUUUUUUUGCUUUUUGGGGUCACAUCUGGCAAUGGACAGGGGUUACUCCUGGCUCUGCACUCAGGAAUCACCCCUAGCGGUGCUCAGAAGACCAUAUGGGCUGCUGGGAAUCGAACCCAGGUCGGCGUGUGCAAGGCAAACGCCCUACCCACUGUGCUAUGGCUCCAGUCCCCGGAUAACGCAUUUCUAAAAGGAGACUGUCACCUGGGGCUAGGGCUUUUCUGUUUAGCCAAGAUCUGACUUCCCUCACCUCAACCGUCCUGUUCAUUUGUGGCACCUACCUGGUAAUACCUGUUCCCUGGUCCCUGACGCAUCUGCAGUCGGCCUCCCUGUCACAGGUGGGGGUGAAGGUGAGCUGGUUGCAGUUGAUUGUUCCCUUGUUAUUUGCCUGCAAUUUCACCUUGCUGCCACUAGGAGGAUAGUAA